AUGCCAGUGCUAGUCACCUACGCAACUUCUCGGGGCUCUACACGCGAGGUCGCCGAUCGCAUCGCGUCCCGACUGUAUGAACAUGGCUUUGCCGUCGACUGUCGACCGGUUGACCAUGUCUUCAGCGUCGAAAACUACUCUGCCGUCAUAUUGGGCAGUGCAGUAGUUCGACAAAGAUGGCUGUUGGAUGCUCUCGUCUUCGUCGAUGUUGAGUCCAUGGGCCUUCAGCAUAAACCUUUCUGGGCAUUCAGCCUGAGCAUGGCACCUGUGGCUGUCCCAAAGUGGAUUGCAACGAGGAUGACCAAACGGCAAAGAAAGACAGUCGAAGUGAGGCUAAUGAGCAAAGUGCCUAAGAUGAAAGAACACCGUCUGUUUCCAGGAAGGAAUGACGGCUCAUCCGUGCCUAGACGUUUACGCAGUCUGUACAGAUGUCUUGGGGGUCGGUUUGGAGAUAUGCGCGACUGGGGUGAGAUCGAUGCCUGGGCAGAUAAUAUUGCGAAACAGCUUGCAUGUUGA